AAGUGUCAUAGUAAGAGCAAAGUAUUACGGAUGUCCUCGACCAGCUCAAAAUUUAUGAAAUCAAGGAAUUCAACCAAACAUAAAGGUACCAAAGGUCUGCAUGCAACUAAGAGUUGUGCAGGCAUCCAGGUCUCUGUCAAUGAUUGGUAUGGAGGCACCCCAGCUGCUUCUGUGAAGAAUAUAGAGGGACCUUCAGCAACUAACAAAUCCUCAUCAACCCUCCCUCCAUCCAAAAAGUUCAUGAAAAUCAGAAAAUGGCAGAAAAACAAGCCAGAGAUAAAAAGGACUUUCCAAAGACCAGACCCCACUAGUCACGGGUACUUUAACGUUCCAAACUGUAAGAACUUUUUCGAAUCCCUCUCCCCGUACUCGCCUUCUCCAAAGCCGCUGGAGGACAACUACAUCAGCCUAAAAGAUUACGCCUUCAGCCCUUCGCCUAGCUCGAUGAGUAACAAAAUUCCGUUCCUCGUCUCCAAACAAAAGGAAAAUCUCAGGAAGAACAUAGAAAAUUAUGUUGGAAAAUUUGAGAAAUACAAGAAGAGAUUUUGCCCAGUCCUUAACCUUGAGAAAUAAGGCAUAUCUCAAAGGCUUCAAGACCGAACUUGCAUCUAGGAAGUCCCCCUACUGUAGAAGAGAGAGUCCUAAUAAGCCCAUAUUUGAUAAGAAGGACUUCCAGAGGACUAUAGAGUUUAAGAAAUCUGAUCUGGCUAAGCUCAAAUAAAACAUCCAGUUUUAAAAGUUUGAAGGUCAUGAAGGUGGAGUACCAGAAAUAGACAUCACUUUGUAUCAAGUGUUCCCUUUAGGAAAAAUCCAAGCCCUUGUAAGAGAGAAUCUAAGCGUGCCAAUAUUUAUGUAGAAAUUAAUGCAAAUCCUGAGCUGUUCAAUCUCAGUAAAGAUAAUGAAAGUAGAGUGGUUACUCCAAAUCAAAAGACUGAUACGAAAAUUAAAGACUCAACUGCACCAAUUAUCAAAGAUCCAAUGAAGCUCAGGGAUAGGUCGAGGAUACGUAAAAUCAUUAUGUCAAAAUUUGUCAAUAAGAAGUAGUUCAAUAUCAUUGAUUGCUUUA